AUGGAUGCAGCUCCGAUUAACUCGACGGCGUUGGUCGCGAUUUCGAUGGCGCAGGGAGGCGAGCACGCGUGUAAGAUGGACGUGGAAGACCCGACGUGCUGGAAGAUUACGCUCACUGGCAAGGUUGUGCCGGUACCCGCUGAUCAACGUCACUACGCCGAAAAAGUG